AUGCCUUCUCACUCAGUAGAAAGAAAGCCAUAUACAGCCCAUGUUGAAGAUUCCAAUGUGCCCAACGGGAACCCUCCAAAGAAUACUACAGACUCUUUAGAUAGAUCAGACGGAAACGAAAGGCAAAACUCCAAUAAGGCCGUACCUUCAUAUGAUGACUCAAGACCCAAGGAGUCAGAGGAUGAUAGAAAUCUAAAAGAAGAAGUGAUGCAUUUUCAAAGAUCUGCUCUGGAUGAUGCAUGUAUGAAUCAUGGAUCACUGCAACGUGAUGAAUAUCCGUCUGAUGGGUUACCGCCAACUAACUUGGCCAAAUCAAAUAGCGGAAACCUUCGUCUGCAUUCAAGCCAACAAUUGAAGAAGUCCGGUCAUUCACAUACCAAAUUGAAAGGUCACAGUCGUUCAUCUUCUCAUAACAAACUCCAAAUAAAUAAUCAUAAACCUUCGAUUCCCAAUCCGGCCAUGUCUAAUAGACCUAAUUUGAACAGAUCCAAAUCAACUGAUGGCCUCAUAAAAUCAUCGCAUAGAAACACUGCAUUGAAGAGAAACAAUCGGUCAUUGACCAAACUAACAGCACUACAACCUUUGACUAGAACUACUUCUAAUCCGUCAUCUAAAAAUGCAUUAAGACCUUUGACCAAAACUAUGCUGAACCAAUCAAUAAAGUCCAAUAAAUCCAAUACCUCAUUGAAGAACCUAGCCUUGAGUCACAAUGUUCAACUAAGUGGAUUGAAAACAAGCGGCCGAAAAGGUAAAGCCAUUUUGAGAUUAAAUGACGAUAUUAAAGAUGAAGAAUUCGAGGAAGAUCUUAGUGAGGAUUCAGAAGAUGAAGCUCGUGCCAUUAAACAAAAAGCAGCAUCAGCCAACUUCACUCAGCAACAGUUAAAUCAGUUACAGAAUCUUAAACAAAGUAAAGAUUUUCCAAACGGAAUUGAUAAACUGAAUAUAGCGAGCGGCCACAUACAUCUGGAGCCAAAUUUAUCCGAUACAAAUCAAAAUUAUCAACAUCAAGAACAAGAUCAAAGAGGCUCGGUUCUGUAUUUCCGUGACAUGGCUAACCAUACCCAGAGUGACACCGCAGUAAUCACUGCAUCGCAAAUUAAGGGUGCAGGUGAAGAAAUUCAAGCCAACAAUAAAUCCCAGAAUCCAUCUGGUUCUCAGAAUACAAAUGCUGCACCUACCAAUGAGAGUAAGAGCAAUUCUCAAAUCCCUUUGUCUGCUCAAAGCUCGAGUGAUGAUCUAGUUUCAAGCAAUUUAUAUGGAGGUUCGUUACUUCUUUCUCAAUCCACCGGUUUAACCAAAAAGAUCGACCCCAAAGCUAGUGCCCCAGGUCAAGUUUAUACUGGGACCUUUAACAAUGGGUCCAUUCCAGUACCUAGACAAGCCCCUCGAGAACCAUUGGGCUCGGGUAAUUCAGAAUCAGUUAGCGGAAUUUCUUUCAAGGCCAACCCAAUUAACAACUCAAAUAAUAAUAUUGCGGAACCGAUCAUCACAAGCAGAAACGCUGCCCCUGCUAAUUCAUACCAACCAAAUCAAACGAUUUUCAAUAAUUUACAGAGAACAAAUUCUCAAUAUGUUUCGUCUAAAAAAACUCAGUUUAAUAAUGGUACUAACAAUUUUGCUGAUUUCUUGAAAAAUAAUAAUAAUAAUAAUACAAAUAUUGAUUCUAAUAGUAACCAUUUCCACAGUGGAUCAGGGUCAGAUUCUUCUCAUAAUACCAGAACACAACAAAGGUUAUGGCUUCAAAGGGAAAAUUCUUUGAUGGAUGUACCGAGCCAAGACCAUUUCCGCCAGUCAACAUUGUCUAAUGUCUCUUUAAACAAGUUGAUGAUUAGUCAGUAUAAUAGCUCCACAAAUGUGAGGGAUUAUCCUACUCCAGGAUCGGCAGGAUUGAACGGUCCACUGAGUCAUAUUGGAACACCAGCCACCCCUACUACGGCAAGUGUAGAGCCUAAUGCGAGUAUGAACAAUAUAAGUGGGAUGUUUUUAAUGGCUCAAAAUAGAUACCAAAACCCUAUCCAAUCUAGGACGGAAUUUGAAAGGUUGAAUAGAGAAUAUCUCAACGUUCGAAGACAUUUAAAUCCGGUUGCUGAAACUUUAAAUAGAGUUGAUGAGAUAUUAUCGAAUACCAAAGGGAUUGACCCACCCAAGAGGAACCAGAAAAAAUCUGCUGCUGCUUCAUUAUCUAGUAUAUCACUUCACGGGGGUCUGACCAAUAAUAACUCAUUCAAGGAGUUCUCUCCCUAUUAUCAAGAACGAAAGCAUGAGGUUUCAAAAACCAUUGAUAAUCUCUGGAACGAUGCUUUACUCGAAAGCUCCGCAUCAAGUAAUUCUUUGAGAUUAGCCAAUCAACAGCGUGGUCAACAACGGUAUGAAAAUCAGCAGCAAACCCACCAACCCCAGCACCAAAGGGAAUCACAACAGUUGCAAAACCAAGCUAUGGAGUCAAGAAAUCCUGGGCAAACUUCGGUGACCCAUGCUAAUGCCAGAACUCAACAACCCACCACCAGAAAGUUGGCGGCUCAAGCAGCUGCUCAGCAAAAACAACAGCAGCAACAACAGCAGUUACGUGAUCCAAAGUCAAAUUUCAUCAACAACGAGGUCGAAGCUAACCAUUUGAAUCAGUUGUUGAUUGAUCAAUUCGUAUUCCAGGCUGAUUUGAUAAGUGGCACGUUCAUCAAAAUGUCUACCUCAACGUACAAGAAGCUGGAUGCAUACUCAUCCUCUGGUUUACCAGAUAAGAUGUCUGUAUUCCAAGAAUGCUUACAACAGUUCAAUGCAUCCCCAGUGAAUGCUAAAAAAUGCCGUCAAUUGUUGGCUAAGUUGUUGAGAUUGAUUUACCAUGGGGAAGAGUUCCCAUCACAAGAAUCCACCACCUUGUUUUUUUCGAUUUCCAAGUUAUUUCAACAUAAAGACCUGUCCCUUAGACAAUUGGUUUAUUUGGCAAUUAAAGAGUUAUCAGCUACUUCUCAAGAUAUCUUAAUGGUUACCUCAUCGAUCAUGAAGGAUAUUCAAAGCGGUGAUUUGAUUUAUAAGCCAAAUGCCAUUAGAACUUUAUCGAAAGUUUUAGAUCCAACAACCGUUUCUGCAUCGGAAAGAUUGUUUAAAAACUGUCUUGUUGAUAAGAACCCGAUUGUUUCUUCUGCAGCAUUGAUCUCAUCGUAUAACUUAUUACCAAUUGCCAAGGAUGUUGUUAAGAGAUUCACCAAUGAAACUUUGGAAACUAUUCAAUCUUAUAAACAGUUCCCUUCAAAUCAAUUUCAAUUACACGAAUAUUACGGAACUUUCACAACCAAUUUACCUUCAACUUCCUAUAUGUAUCAAUACCAUGCUUUAGGUUUGUUAUAUCAUUUAAGAAAUCACGAUAAGAUGGCCUUGAUGAAAUUGAUCACUUCAUUAUCAGAGGGUUCUUCUUUGAAAAAUUCCUUAUCUAUAAUCCAAUUAAUAAGAUAUAUCAAUAAAAUUUUGGACGAUGAUGAAUCAUUGAUUUCUCACUUAUAUCCUAUCUUGGCUGGUUUCUUAAAACAUAAAUCUGAUAUGGUUGAAUUAGAAGCUUGUAAAACUUUGAUUGGAUUACAACAUUUAAUCAGAGAUGAUGAAUUCAUGAAUAUUAUAACCACAUUACAACAACUUUUGGGAGUUCCAAGAACUGCAACUAGGUUUGCUGCUAUCAGAUUGAUUAAUAAGAUUUCCAUAAAACACCCAGAAAAAAUCAUCGUUGUUAAUCUUGAAUUAGAAAAUUUAAUUAAUGAUUCAAAUAGGUCUAUUUCAACUUUGGCUAUAACUACCUUAUUGAAAACUAUGGGUGCUGGUACUGUUGAAUCAAGUAGUGGUGGUGAAAAUGUCGAUAGAUUAAUCGCUAAAAUGACUUCUUUGAUGGAUGAAAUAACAGAAGAUUUCAAGAUUGUCAUUAUCGAAGCUAUUGAAAACUUGGCAUUGAAGUUUCCAUCCAAACAUAAGAAAUUGGUUUCAUUCUUGACCGAUUUAUUGAGAGAUGAUGGAUCUUUACAAUUAAAAUCUAGUAUUGUUGACGCUUUAUUCGAUCUAAUCAAAUUUUUACCAGAUGAGAGUGCCAAACAAUUGAUUUUGAUGAAUUUAUGUGAGUUUAUUGAAGAUUGUGAAUUCACUGAAUUAUCAGUACGUAUCCUACAUUUAUUGGGAGAUGAAGGUCCUACUACUACAAAUCCUUCUUAUUAUAUCAGACAUAUUUAUAAUAGAUUGGUCUUGGAAAACUCUAUUGUGAGAUCAUCAGCAGUUAUUUCAUUAGCUAAGUUUGCUGUUGUUUGCGGUGGCGAAGUUUCUAAGAAUGUCAAGAUUCUUUUAAGUAGAUGUUUGAAUGAUGUUGAUGAUGAAGUCCGAGACCGUACUGCUUUAUCACUAAAAUUAAUCGAUAAAGAAGCUAAAAAAUUGGUUGUCACUGAAUCCAAAUUUGAUUUGUCUGCUUUGGAAAACAAAUUAACUCAUUACUUGAAUGAUGAAGCCAACUUUUCGGUUAAAUUUGACAUAAACGAAGUUCCAGUUAUUUCAAACGAUGAAUUAAAAUCCUUAGAAUAUAACCAAAAGAUUCAAAAAUUAGAAGCUGCUGCUACUACCUCUAAUGAAGCCGAAUCUUCCAAAGGUAACAAAACUGAUGGUGAUGCUAAGAAAUCUAGCAACGAUAAUGCUAAUGAUUUAUUAAAACAACAACAAUAUGCUCAAGAAUUAUCAACUGUCCCAGAAUUCGCAGAUUACGGUAAAUUAUCUAAAUCUACGUCAACUCCUAUUUACCUUACUGAUAAAGAAAAUGAAUUCGUUGUUACUGUUGUCAAACACUCUUUCAUUGAAAGUAAUAAAUUGGUUUUACAAUUCGACAUCACUAAUACUUUAAGUCACUUACUUUUACAAGACGUAUCAGUGAUUGCACAAUCAGAUAAUGAAUUGUAUCAAGAAGAUUUCAUUAUUCCAUUGACUGAAUUGAGACCAAGCCAAACAGGUACCGUUUAUGUAUCUUUCUCCACCCCAACUAUUGGGGACGAAGAAUUAUUAGCUGCUUUCGGUAAUACCUUAUCUUACACCAAUAAGGAAAUUAUCGAUGAAGAUGGUAACGUUGAUCCAAGUGAUGAAGGUUGGUCUGAUGAAUACCAAAUUGAAGAUUUGGAAAUCACCCCAGGUGAUUUUAUCAUACCAUUAUAUAACUCCAACUUUACUGCUAUCUUUGAUCAAUUAGAGUUUGAAGAAAGUAGUGUUGUCACUAUUUCUGGUGUCAAAUCAUUAGAAAAUGCAGUCACUAAAUUGACUAAGAAUUUAAAUUCCUUACCAUUAGAUGGAUCUGAUUAUGUUCCAAGUGAUGCCACCAGUCAUGUUUUAAAAUUAUUAGGUAAAGAUUUAUGGGGUGGUAAAGUUGGUGUUUUAGUUAGAUUGGCUUUCACUGGUGGAAAGGUUGUUGCCAAAUUACAAGCUAAAUCAGAAACUGAAGGUAUCUCAAGUGUCAUCAUUAGUGGCGCUAACUAGAGCUGCUCUUACAAGAACCUGUGUUUUAUUUACCAAUAGAAUAGAAACAAAAAAAAGAAGAAAUUCAAAAAAAGUAAAAAAGGUUCAACAGGACCUCAUAUGUAUAUUUGCUCAACUUCCC